AUGUCAAACUUGAGCACUCCAAUAAGAGCUAGCAGCUCGCUUGGAUCGACCGGUUCACAGACCUACCAGGGAACUAUCAAGGUUUCUGUGAGACCCCGUCCUUUGAGCGAAACAGCAAGCUCAACUGGAAGCUGGAACAUCAACAAACAGGGCAACAUGAUAGCCAACGUUGAAGCCGGAGAAUUCCAGUACGACAACGUGUUUCUGCCGGACGCAGACAACAGCGAGGUCUAUAGAGACGUUGUGGAGCCUGUGCUUGAGAAAUGUCUCCAAGGUUACAACGGGACAGUUUUCGCGUAUGGUAUGACGGGAUCGGGAAAAACGCACUCCAUGCAGGGCUCAGAGUCAGAAAACGGGCUCAUUCAGCUCUGUGCCACAGAGCUGUUUCGCAAACUUAACGCGGAGUUCAAUGCGUUCAAAGUCGGCUGUUCCUACCUGGAGAUUUACAAUGAGAAACUAAUAGAUUUGUUAAAUUUCGACGGCCCAGCAGCGGAGGACCUCAGAAUACGGGACGACCCGACUUUUGGGGUGCGUGUGGUGGGACUGAGUGAGCACUGGGUUGCCAGCGAGAAAGAGCUGAUCGAAGUGUUUGAGCGCGGAGACUCGGUGAGGAAAACAAGCUGCACAGAUUUUAAUGACAGGUCGUCGCGGUCGCACGCCGUUCUGCUGAUGCGUGUCGAGAUGAAACAGGACAGCAGCACGCGGCAUUCCACUUUGUGUCUGUGCGAUCUUGCCGGUUCAGAGAAGGCAUCGUCUCAGACCGAACGUCGCAAGGAGGGAGCGUUCAUCAACAAGUCAUUGCUCGCGCUGAGCACAGUGAUUCAGAAGCUGUCGCAGGGCUCCUUCAACCAUAUUCCAUACAGGGAUUCCAAAUUGACAAGACUAUUGCAGCCGUCAUUGAGCGGCGAGUCCAUUGUCUCCAUCCUGUGCACGAUCCAUCUUUCAAGCAGCACAUUAACAGAGACAAUCAACACACUGCGUUUUGCAGCGCGCGCAAAAAAUAUUCUAAUGAACGUGAGAAAGAAUGAGCAGCAGGACACAGAGAAAGACCGAUACGAGCAGCUGGUCCGCGAAAACGAGCGACAGAAACAAGAGAUCGAGGACCUCAAGCGCGAGCAAGUGGGAAAACGGCUUUGGAGCGGCUCGGACGAUGAGUCUGUGGCCCAGUUGACCGCAGAAAAUCGAAUAUUAAAUGAGAGACUGGAGCACCUGAAGCGGCUGCAUGAUACAGAAAGCAUCCAGUCGGCCAUGGAAUGUCAGGAAAAUUUGCAGCAGCUGCUACAAUUCGACGUCUCGGACCCCAAGUUCUCCGAGAUCGUGGCCAGUCUCGAGAGACAAUACAAGAUGCAGAUCUGCCAGAUCGAGGAGAUGAAGUCAUACAUUUCGCACCUGGAAAACCAGCUAAGGCGGCAGAUGAGCGGUUCGAAGUCUGGCACCAGCGUUGUGGGCAGCACUAGCGACAAGGACGAAGAGAUUGCGGAUCUCAAACGGCAGCUCAAGAGCAAGGAUUCCAUAAUCAGCGCGUUGCGGCAGUCUACAAGGGUGCGCGAGACCAUCAACGGCGGAGUCGAGCGACGCGAAAAGCUGUUCCUACGGCCGAUCGAAAAUACCGUUGCGGUGCAAAAAGAGCAUCUCAAAGGACAGCACUAA